AUGGAAAGGGUCCUUCAGGCAGGCCUGCGGGCGCGCGGCGCGAAGGACCACCGGCCCGGCAGUCUCAAGAUCGGCGAGGAGGGCCUACGGCCGAGCCCGAGAACCUGGCCUCCUCCCAGCCAGAAGGCGACGCGCCUCCACCCACUCCCGCGGCAGAGCGAAGAGGCGGCAGCGGCGCGCCGAGCGGCGGGAAGCCGGCCCGCAGAAAACGCAGAACCCAAGAAAAGGGAGUCAGAAAAUGGCCAGUGCGCAGCAGGACUGAGACGCAGCAGCCCGGGUGCCCGGCGGACCGCGGCACUGCCAGCGCAGCGCGUGCGCCCGGGAAGCACAGCGCCCGCGAGGCCCUCAGCUCCGCCCCCCCCCCUCCCCCGGCUCCCUGCGCCGCCGCCGCCGCCAAAACCCCUCUGGGAACUCCGAGCCGCGCGGUCCCGCGAGGCGGGCGCCUUGGAGCGGAGGGGAGGGGCUGCGCUCCCCGCCUCCCCGCCGGCCCGCGCGGCUCCCCAGCCCGGAGCCUACUCACCUCCUCCUCCUCCUCCUAGUCUCUCCUCCUGGCCACCGGCGCGGCCCAGCCGGCGACGCGCUGACGCCGGGCCCCUCCCCCGCGGCCGCAGCCGCCGCCGCCGCCGCCGCCGCCCCGCCCGGCCCGCGGCCGCAGCGGCCUCGGGGCGCGUCAGGCGCAUGCCCCGCCCACUGGGUCCGCCCACGCGCUCAAGACUCCGCCUCCAGCGCUGCCGGGACGCUGCCCGUCCCUGA